GAAUGUAUUACAUUUAUUUCGAAAAUUCGUUCGUGAAGAACAACUUAAUUACAUUAAAAAUAGUACUGAGUUACGUUCACGUGACUUAUUGUUGGUGUGAUGACUGUCUUCUGGAUUGUAGUGUCGUGUAGUCUGGUGUUGGUUUACCUACGUUUCAGAAGUACCUGCUGCCUCCAUUAUCAGGCCGAUAAACUUCUACCAGACUACACAUUGCUCAAACCCAUAUGACAGCCGGCUUCAUUCUUGCUGCAGCGAGAACCUAAAAAUUUUACUCAUUGUUGGUGGUCCAGUCCUUUUUUUUUUUUCAUAAUCGACAUGUUUGAAUAAAAUUCUUUCAGAAAUUAAGAAAGUUUUUUGGUGGUUUUUGAUUUCUUCUUGAGAAUGUUUUCAAUGAGUUCUGAUAACGUGUCUUCCACAAUGGUUUUUUCUAUUCAUAGUCGAUAUACAAGUCUGUAUGAUGCUGUUCCGUUGAUUAUGGACUUCCUGUGGUACCAUCAGUCACCCAUUCCCCUAACAGUAACUUUUUUUUUUUAACUUAGACUGAGGGCAACAAUGAAAGACCUCAUUACUGUCAACUGGGAUGCUGCACCAUGUAGUCUGGUAGAGACUGACGGACGUUUCAGAGAUGCUUACUGUCUGCAUCACGCUUUGAUUAAAACCACCCGCGAAUGAUGAUAUCAUGUGGGAGGAAGUUGAAUGCCUCUUGUGUUGAGGAGGUUCAGAGCUUAGCCCAUUUUGCAAUUGGUCUCCCAGUGGAACAGUACUCUUUGUUGUACUUAAUUCCUGCUAUUUCAUUAGUGUAAGUGUUGUCCCUGAAGCGGUAAUACUACAUAACAUUUUUUCUUCACACUCAGUAUCAGUAUUCAUUGGUCCUUUCUGUUUAAUUGGGUCAAGAUGGCAUCACUGGUAAAAACUCAUGCAACGGUGAGAUCAGCGACUCCUGUGUUCUUACUGCUUCUCUCUAUGCUGCAAUACCACUGUGGGAUGCCGCAGGAAAAGAAUCAUGUCACCGAUGAGAAUUGUGCAGCAUAUUUGAACACUACAGAACAGGUUUAUAGGCUAUUUGAAGCUGCCACAUACAGCAAUAUGAGCGUAGCCAGUUGUCUAGUGAACUCCGGGGUGAAUCCUUCUGCAUCUGUGGCUGGAGGGUUCACACCCAUACAGGCAGCUGCUGUCCACGGUGACAUUGAUAUGUGUCGGUUUCUUAUCAACGCAGGCGCAAAUGUGAACACGCACGAUUCACUUACAGGACUGUCUCCUCUACUUGCUGCUGCUGGUAAAAACUAUUUGGACAUAGCGACAUUACUCUUGGACUCUGGAGCUAAUGUGAAUACAAAAAACAAAUUCAACAAAACUCCACUACACAUAGCUGCACAGAAAGGCCACCUGGAGAUAUGCCAAUUACUACUUGAAAGAGGAGCAGAAGUAAAUAUUCGUGACAGAGAUCUGAAUACAGCGUUACAUAUAGCAGUCCUUCGCAGUCACUUGCCAGUGGUGCAGCUUUUGCUGCAGCAAGGAGGUGACUUAUCUGCUAAGAAUAUUUUUGGACAAACACCCCGUGCUGCAGCAUCUAGAAACCAAGACAUUGCUAACUGGCUAGACAGUCAGAAGUAACUGAGUUUUUAAGUCUAAAAAUAAUUUACUGCGCUUUAAAUUGUAUUAUUUAAAGGUGUUUUAAAAUAUGAGAUCCCUUAAAAAAGAGGUGUUUACAGAAUUCUAGUGAGAAAAAUUGGAAAAUUGUCCACUUGGAAGACUGAGGUGGACGUGGGAGGAUAACAUUAAAUUUAGUCCUGAGAAGGUGGGAUGGCACUGGCUGGCUGAGUGGAUUUAAAUUGUGCAGAAAAGGGUUAAAGCCAGGUUUUAAACGCAUUUUUAAUAAUGAUGAUGAUCUUCUGGAUUGUAACUCUAUCUGGUUUUGUAAGUGAAUACCAACAUUUCAGAGGAAUGUGUUAUCUCUGUCUUCGCAGUGAAGGGGUCAUACAUUUCUCUGAUAUUGGUACAAGACCUCAUAAUGUCUCAACCAAAAAUAACACCACUGACAUUUUCACUGCCCUGGGAAUCUCAUAUCUCAUUUUUAAUACUUCAUAAUUCCUGCUAAUGAGGGUUUGCUAAGGGAAUGAGUUUGAGGUUAUAGUUUUUCAAAAUUACUGUAGCAAUCUGUUAAUUUCAGCUUUUUAAGAUAUAGUGCUCCAGUUUCAAGUAAGCAGUUUUGUAAAUGUUACAUUUUCAGGUGUAUAUGUGUGUCAAAAUAUUCAGCUUGAUCUUGUAUUUCAGUUAUAAUUAAAUGUAAGAUAGUUGUCUUAGAUUUUAAAUAUGUAAACGUUUGCAGUUAGUACUUGUUUAGAGACACAACUCUUGUAAACAAUAACAAUAAUAGUUUAUCAAAUUUUUGUUACAUAGUUGUUAUGUAUGACAGUAUUUCUGUGAUGUUAUGAAAUAUUUAUACAGAGACAUUUUUUAAGAAGA